GCGAGAUACAAGUACUCGAUUCUUUUGGUUCUCGAAUGAGCCGAGCUGAUCUACAACUUACGCUUCAGGGGCUUGAGGCGCAUCUAAAGAUUGCUUCUAAGAUGAAUGGGUUUAACCUAGGUACUUGGCCAGAUAUUGAUGUAACUAGAUGGACUAUAAAAGAGUAUAUUCAAGAUCGAAUUCAAUCUGAUGGAUCAUCUUGCGGCUUGUUCAUGCUACAAUUCAUUGAAUACUGGACAGGACACAAACUGUCACAUCCUGUUACACAGGAAGAUGUCAAACCCUUCAGGCAAAAAGUAGCAAUCAUUCUCCAUGAAUCAGAUCUGAACGAUAUAAAAGGAACUCCUGAGUACCAUAAUCCAGCAGACGAUAUAAUAGAUACUGACGGUGUUGAAAUAUUGGACCCGCCACCUGCCAUGGUUGUUCUGAGAAUGCCACUUAAUAAAAAUGAGCUACUUUGCAAACUUCGAGGUCAUAUCAUGUCCAUUCAUAAUGCAGAUUCCCGAGAGAAAGAAUGGAUCCGUAGCUCCAAGCCCUACCCACUAAGUAUAAGUCUUAGACAACUACAAGACUUACUAAAGAAUACACGGGCUAUUGAUGUCGACAGUUUUAACAUGGUUGUUCGAGUAAAUGCUACAGACGACAUUCAAUGGGCUAAAGACACUCCAUAUCACUAUAUGGAUCUCAGAUUUUCUAUGAUACUAAAUGACUCUACACAAGAUCCAAAACUCCGUUUACCAUUUGAUGCCCAACGCUACAUUAUUGCAAAACUAUUUCAUUGUUGGCCUGAUAUGUGCUUUGACGUCUCGGUGUGCAAGUUGAUUUUGUUGCCGUUUUGUACAACCGGUCGCUUCAUCCUCUUCCUGUUCGACCUAUUGGAUAGAACAAUCACUAUACUCGACCCUCUUCCCCUAUCGGAUGCAUGGAAAAAGAAUCCUUCACAGAAGGACAUAUUUAAGAUUCAAUGUAUUUCAUUCCAUCUAAACAUAGCAUUACAAGAUGCAAUUCCUGGCUGGAAUGAUGAUGUUUUUAGAUGGCGUCGCAUCAUACCAAUUGGAGUUCCAAAAAACCCAAACAGCAAUAUGUCUGGGUUUUUAGUUUUAAAGAUUAUGCGCACGUGGCAUGAUCAUGAACAUGGAUUACCAGUUGUCCCGGACGAUUAUGACCUACGGAAUCAGGUGUUGGUACACUUGCUGUCGUACAAGGACAAUGAAUGCGUAGAAAAUAUUCCACAAGUCGUGCGUGAUUUGGUGAAGAGAAUUGGGAUAAACUUUUUUUAGUCGGAGAAUCAUAUGUGUUAUUUUAUUACAACAGCGACGAUCAAUUAAGGCGCUUGAGGAUAUUGGUUAUUAUAAGGUUUCAGUAAGAUGCAUUGCUGGAGCAAAAUGUAAGUUUAAUUACCAAAAGCAUACCGUGUGAUGUUGCAAGUUACUGAAAUCCCAGACAGAUCUUGAGAAACCAAGAAUGACA